CCACUCCCACCAUCGCCCACCUCUACUACUUCCUCCACACCACCGUCGCCCACCUCUACCUCCUCUCCAUUGAUGCCGCACCACUCCAUCGCCGCCAUUACGAUUCCUCACUCUUGAAACCCUAAUCUUAGUACUAAUUGACCCUUUAAUUUAUCCUAAAUCCAUGGGUUUUUCAUUCCAAUCAACAUACCCUAUCAAAAUUCUCAAAAUAUUUCAUCAUUGGUUACGGAGAUUAUAGCGUCCAGCUCGCUCUGGCUGUAACUUCGAUACAGCCAUUGUAAGAAAUUAAAGCAAUUACACUCCAACUAAACUAGUGACAUGAAAAUUAAGCUAAUUAAACUAAAGAUGUGGCGGCCAAAGUUGAACCGGUUCAGCAUUCUUUGAAUCGAUUCAAGUGUAGCAGAACGUUGCAGAAGUUUUGGGCAAUAAAGUUGAACCGGUUCAAGAAUCUGGAGUUUGAAUAGAUCUCCAUUGCUUUGAUUUCGCCUGGUUAUGAUUUGUGACAGUAUGUUCUCUUUCCCGAUGAUUUUGUAAAUCAGGAUGCAAAGCCAAGGAAAAGUGAUCUUAAAAAACGCUGAAAUCUUGAACCAUUUUGUAUCUAUUUACAAAGCGGAUGGAGAGAAGCUUAUCAAUGGCCAAUUUGGACUUGUCUUAGAAUCCAUUCAGGAAGCCAUAGUGAUUGCUCCUCGAAUUGCACUUGCUGUCCGACCAAGGCCCGGAUUCUCAGAAUAUAUAUGUCUGAAUCUAAAUGAACUCACUGUUGAAGAAAUGAGUGUGCCCCAAUAUCUGCAGUUGAAGGAAAAAGUCGUUGAUGGAUGUAGCAAUGGCACCUUUGAGUUUGAAUUGGACUUUGAGUCAUUCAAUGCAUCGAUUCCUCACCCAAAGCUUUCAAAAUCUAUUGGACAUGGUGUGGAGAAUCUUAACCGCCACCUAUCUUCAAAAAUGUUCCAUGACAAAGAUAUGAAGCAGCAACUGCUUGAUUUUCUUCGUCUUCAUAACUAUAUGGGCAAGUCACUCAUGGUGAAUGAUAGAAUUCAGAACUUGGACCAACUUCAAUCUGUUGUCAGAGAGGCAGUGGAUUAUCUGUCUACCCUGCCUUUGGAUACCCCAUUUUCUGAUUUUGAAGAUAGAUUCCAAGUGAUUGGUCUGGAAAGGGGUUGGGGUAAUAGUGCUGAAUCAGUGUCAGACAUGCUUAAUCUGCUCUUACAACUCCUGGAGGCUCCUGACCAUUGUGUUGUCGAGAAAUUUCUCGGCACAGUCCCUACGGUUUUCAAUGUUGUUAUUCUCUCUCCCCAUGGUUACUUUGCUCAAGACAAUGUCUUGGGCUAUCCUGAUACUGGUGGCCAGGUUGUUUACAUUUUGGAUCAAGUUCCUGCCAUGGAGCGUGAGAUGCUUCAACGGAUGAAAAAGCAAGGACUUGAUGAUAUCAUCCCUAGGAUUAUCAUUGUCACUCGCCUUCUUCCAGAUGCAGUUGGCACCACGUGCAAUCAACGCAUUGAGAAAGUCUAUGGAACAGAGCAUUCAUACAUUCUGCGAGUUCCCUUUAGAACUGAGGAGGGAAUUCUUCGCAAGUGGAUCUCACGUUUUGAAGUGUGGCCAUAUAUGGAGACUUUCACUGAGGAUGUUGCAAAUGAAAUUCUUGGAGAGUUGCAGACAAAGCCAGACUUGAUCAUUGGCAACUAUAGCGAGGGAAACCUUGUUGCCACCUUGCUAGCUCACAAAUUUGGGUCAACGCAGUGUACCAUUGCUCAUGCUUUGGAGAAAACUAAAUAUCCAAAUUCUGAUGUCUAUUGGAAGAAAUUUGAGGAGAAGUAUCAUUUCUCCUCCCAGUUUACUGCUGAUCUUAUUGCAAUGAAUCAUACUGAUUUCAUUGUCACUAGCACUUUCCAGGAGAUUGCUGGAAGUAAGAACUCUCUUGGACAGUAUGAAAGUCAUACAGCCUUUACCAUGCCCGGAUUGUACCGAGUUGUCCAUGGGAUUGAUGUGUUCGACCCCAAAUUCAACAUUGUUGCACCAGGGGCUGAUAUGUCCCUCCACUUCUCUUACUCAGAGAAGAGUAAAAGACUUGUCAAUUUCCACCCUGAAAUUGAGGAGCUGCUAUUUAGUGCUGUUGAGAAUGAAGAACAUUUAUGUGUAUUGAAAGAUAAGAGCAAGCCCAUUCUAUUCACAAUGGCAAGGUUGGAUCGCAUUAAGAACUUGACUGGACUUGUUGAGAUGUAUGGUAAGAGUGCUCAGCUUAGGGAGUUGGUGAACCUGGUUGUUGUAGGAGGAGAUCGUAGGAAGCAGUCGAAGGACUUGGAAGAGCAAGCAGAGAUGAAGAAGAUGUAUGAGCUCAUAGAUACAUACAAGUUGAAUGGUCAAUUCAGAUGGAUUUCUUCCCAGAUGAACCGGGAGAGGAAUGGUGAACUGUACCGAUACAUUGCAGACAAGAGGGGAGCUUUCGUGCAGCCUGCUUUCUAUGAGGCUUUCGGGCUGACAGUGGUGGAGGCCAUGACCUGUGGCUUACCUACAUUUGCUACAUUGCAUGGCGGUCCAGCUGAGAUAAUUGUUCAUGGAAAGUCUGGCUUCCACAUUGAUCCAUACCAUGGUGAUGAGGUUGCUCAAGUGCUAGUUAAUUUCUUUGAAAAGUGCAGGGAUGACCCUACUCAUUGGGAAGCUAUUGCUGUUGGAGGCCUUAAGCGCAUUCUUGAGAAAUUUACAUGGCAAAUUUACUCUGAGACGGUGAUCAAUUUGGCUGGGGUUUAUGGAUUUUGGAAGCAUGCGUCUAAAAAAGAUGAACGUGUGAUUGAGAAACGUCGCUACAUCGAAAUGUUUUAUGCCCUGAUGUACCGUAAGUCGGCCGAGUCUGUUCCGUUGGCACUUGAUGAGUAGAUAAAAGAAAGAACAGUUGGAAGUUGAUUAGGAGAGAUAAAAAGAACGGGAUUUUAUUGGACGCCCUCAAUUUUCCUUUUGGUUUUUUCUUUUUUAAUUUUCUCAAGAAAUUUGUUUUGAAUAGACUGAUAGGUAGAAAAGUUAUUUGUAGUGAAUUUGGUAUUCAUUGAUGGUUUUAGCCAUUUUUAUCCUAGUAGGGAAAAUUAAUAAAUGUAUGGCAUUUGCUAUUCCGGUGAUAAUAAAUAUCUAAGUUACU